UCCUGAAUUUAGGUUACGAUUGUCUGUGAUAUAAGUGCCAUGUAAAUCAGAUCCUCGAUCACAAAGCACGCUAUACAAAGAUAUUGGAGUGACUUUCGCUACCACUAAAAAGUGCUGACAACAAUUUGCUGAAGGCUUGCCUUGACACUAACUAUGGACUAUUGGAGUGCCUUGGAGGUGUACAAGGAGAUGCUGUUGCUCUACCUGGAGGAAGGCAGGCGGCUUGUGAACACCAACUGUGAGGCGUUGGAACCAUGGCAGAUCAUUGGAGCCACUCUCAUAGCUACCUUAGGAGCAGUCUGGGUCAAAGGCUUCCUGUUUCAGCAAGAAACCCUGACAUCCCGAAUCAAGAAGCAGUGCUUUCGACUCAUCAGAAAAAUACCCUUUGUUGGCGCGGCAAUCCAGACCCAGCUGAACAAGGCCCUGGAUGACAUGUCUGUCAGUCUUUGCACACUGAAGGAGGGCAUGAACUACACCAAACAGCUGCCUGAACAAGGGCUAACGCAAGCUGAAGUUCUAGACAGGAUCAGCGAGUACGAAACACUGAAUGAAGUGGAUUGGGAGAAUGGACGAGUGUCCGGUGCAGUGUAUUGGGGAGAUCAGACACUUACCAAACUUUUGGUGAAGGUGUAUGGAGACUUUGCAUGGAGCAACCCACUUCACCCAGACAUCUUUCCUGGUGUGAGGAAGAUGGAGGCAGAGGUUGUAAGAAUGACGUGUACCCUCUUCCACGGUGGGCCCAACACUUGUGGCACAGUCACCUCUGGGGGAACUGAAAGCAUAUUGAUGGCAUGCAAGGCGUACAGAGACAUGGCCUAUGAGCGCGGUGUGAAACAUCCUGAAAUCAUUGCACCAAUCAGUGUCCAUGCUGCCUUUGACAAAGCAGCAAACUACUUUGGAAUGAAGCUUGUUCACAUCCCCCUGGACAAGAAUACAAUGAAAGUGGAUGUUAAGGCGAUGAGGAGAGCUAUCAGCAAGAACACAGCCAUGCUUGUAUGUUCCGCACCCCAGUUCCCGCAUGGAAUCAUUGAUCCUAUUGAGGAAGUAGGAAAGCUGGCUUUAAAGUACAACAUCCCUCUGCAUGUGGAUGCUUGUUUGGGAGGGUUUCUCAUCGUGUUCAUGGCCAAAGCCAAUUAUCCACUGGCUCCCUUUGACUUCAGGGUAAAGGGUGUGACCAGUAUAUCUGCAGACACACACAAGUAUGGCUACGCCCCUAAAGGUUCAUCAGUGAUCCUGUAUAGUGACAAGAAGUACAGGCACUACCAGUACUUUGUGGCUCCAGACUGGCAAGGGGGCAUCUAUGCGUCCCCAUCAGUGGCAGGAUCUCGGCCAGGCGGUAUCAUCGCAGCGUGCUGGGCUACCAUGAUGCACAUGGGAGAGGAUGGCUACAUAAAGGCCACCAAGAAGAUAAUUGACACUGCACGUACCAUCAAGACAGAAAUCCGAAAGAUAAAUGGGGUGUUUGUGUUUGGAGACCCUGAAGUGUCCGUGGUGGCAAUAGGCUCUGACGUCUUCGACAUUUUUCGUUUAUCCAACGCACUGACUUCAAAGGGUUGGAAUCUCAACAUGCUACAGUAUCCAUCCAGCAUCCAUAUCUGUUGUACUGUACUGCACACACAUGAAGGUGUGGCCAAACAGUUAAUCAGUGACAUCAAAGAGCAGGUGGCUCUCAUUUUGAAAAACCCCAAUGAGAAGACCACUGGAAUGGGAGCAAUCUAUGGCAUGGCCCAGUCCAUCCCUGACAGAUCCAUGGUGACCGAGAUCUCCCGAGGCUUCUUGGACUGCCUCUACAGCACAGAGGAGCCCAAGUCGUCUCAGCCUCAGAAGACCCAUAUGAAUGGCAACGGCAAGGCCCACUGAGUCAGGAGUAGGCUGGCUGUGGCCUGGACACACACCUGGGUCAUGUUCAUUAGGGAACAUAAUGGUAAGCGUUGUGAAACGUUUUGCAACGGAAAAUGAAAAGGAGCGUUUACUGGAUAAGCUCAAGUAGUCCCAUUUUCUUCAGGUCGGUGACUAAUGAACACGGCCCUGGUUACCAGCCUGCCUCACCUCUGGUCCACCCACUACAUCACUCAACAUUUGCCUUAUCCUGCCCACCUUUUAUCUACCUACUCACCUUUUUUCAGAUAUGUUCUGAAGCACAAGCCAUUGUUUUUAGCUAUCGUGAGGAGAAUUCUUCAAAUAUGUCGAAAGUGAAAGCACCUAUUGUACAAAAAUAUAUAGAAUAGUUGCUCAAACCAUUGAGGGGUUUUGGUCUGGUUGUAUUAAUUGUCCCCCACGAUGAAAUCAGGGAUGGGACUAUUGAUCUGUCUCCGUACGUUCAUACGUUAGUCACACGCGAUAUCUCAGACAGCACUGGCCCGAUUUUGACGAAACUUGUGUGAAUGAAGCGUCUGCCGUGAUAAAAAAAAACACUUAAUGCUACUCAUCUGACACCAAAUGAGCGAUCUGCAUGAAACAUCUAUGAACAAAGGUCUCUCGGCGCAAUAUUUUCCAGACUAGUACCUAAAACAACAUGGCCACUAUUGAGUCUAGCUAACCCUCGCAAUAUUUUGAUGGAACUUGGGGGAAUUAUCUGUCUUUUAGAAAAGUUUGUGGUCAUACGCACACCCUUAACAACGUAGGGGCUGGGCUAAUAAAGAAUAUGUGUAAAGAACAGGAAAGCCUGCACCCUGUUAAAGCGCCCAAUUCGCAGCAUUAUUCACAAUGUUUCGAUCCAAAACAGAUCUUCAUCCAGUCAGACAGACUGAGUGCUCACAUCCCAAAAUAUACACAAUCACCUCACAUGACGCAUGGUGGGUGUGGAAACAAUUCAAUUAACUUUUGCGCAUAGUCAAUCAUAUAAUUAAUCCCAGAGGUACUCGUGGUCAUAAAGGAUUAAAUGCAUACAAAUUAAAACAUGGGUAACAGUAAAAAGAUUUGGAAACUGUUGGAAUACCCAACCAUAUGACCAUUACGCGCAGGUCGUGCAGUGGCCGUAGAUGUAAUUACAAUUACCUAUUUAAAAAAAAAAAAAACUUGCCUACCUCUAAUAAUUUGAUAUCAAUGAGAUGGGCACAUGUAGUAGUUACAGAAAAUCAAAUGUACAAAAUGACCAAGUGGAGACCUGGAUGGCAAGACGAAUUGAACGUAGCAUAUUCAUGUAAGAAAUGGUCUGUUAUCAAACUCUUGGUUCAAACCUUUAGGAGACAUGGUGGGCAAACGGUGAAUCCAAUACAAUUCUCUUCUCGGUAAUAGAUUCAGUAUCUCCCCUGCUCCUAGUAACCUUAACAUGUUCAAUACCAAUGUAUCUCAGAGAUCUGAUGUUGUGACGAACCUCCAUGAAAUGCACAGCCACGGGGUUUCUCUGAUCAAGAGAUCUAAUAUUAUUCCUGUGUUCUGCUAUCCUUGUUUUCAGAGAACAUUUCAUUUUUCCCUACAUACCAUACACCACGAAUACACUUUUAUCAGAUAUACCACAUUUGUAGAACACGUAAUGAUACCCUUCAUCUCAAUGGCCUUGUCUGUGAUGGGGUAAUUGAACGUUGUGCAUUUGUUUGUCUAUAUAACCUGGUUCAAACAUUCAUGACAUUACCCUGAAGAAGGCACAGUGAUGCCAAAACAUUGGUGUUUUUUUUUUACCCAAUAAAUUACUGGGAGUGUGA